AGGACUUGGAUUAGCUGCAGCCGGGCGCCCCCGGAGGCCCCGCUGGCGUUCAGUUCCCCGGCGCGCUGGGCUGGGUUGAGGGCGCCUUCUAGAAGAGCCGGGCGGGGCGCUCCGGCGCCUUUGCCUCUUGCAUCUCUUCCCAACCUGCCGCUGGUGGUGGAGAGACCCAGGGCUGUUCUCCCUCUCUUCUUUUUCUGUCUGUGUCUGUCUGUCUGUCUUCCCUUCUCGACAUGGAUUUAUCCUGGAGGAUCCUCGUUUUAUCCUGGCUUUACCUGGAGACUUUAGGGGAUUUCGACGGCAGGUGGCCUAGGCAGAUCCUUUCCACGACUGGAUUGUGCCAUUUUGGGAGCAGAGUGGAUUGCUGCUGGGGCUGGGCUCGCCACGCCUGGGGCCACUGCCAACCUUUCUACAUCUUAAGACAGAGAAUAGCCAGGAUAAGGUGCCAACCCAAAGCUGUUUGUCAACCUGGAUGUAAGCAUGGAGAAUGUGUUGGUCCAAACAAAUGCAAAUGUCAUCCAGGAUACACUGGGAAAAUAUGCAACCAAGCUGCACACCAGUUUGCAACCUCUCAACACUGGUCCAGUGAACCACCUUUUUUCACCACUGCAGAAGAUCAUGCCACAUAUUUGCCUUGGAGGGAUCUCAAUGAAUGUGGAUUGAAACCAAGGCCUUGCAAACAUCGAUGUAUGAAUACCUAUGGAAGCUACAAAUGUUAUUGUCUGAAUGGAUACAUGCUUAUGCCUGAUGGAUCAUGCUCUAAUGCUCUCACGUGUUCAAUGGCAAACUGUCAGUAUGGCUGUGAUGUGGUUAAGGGAGAAAUACACUGUCGUUGUCCUUCACCAGGAUUACAGCUGGCACCAGAUGGCAGAACCUGCAUGGAUGUGGAUGAAUGCAUCACUGGGAGCGUUACCUGUCCCCGAUUCAGGAAAUGUGUCAACACUUUUGGAAGUUAUAUUUGCAAGUGUCAUAAAGGCUUUGAUUUGAUGUACAUUGGAGGCCGAUACCAAUGCCAUGACAUAGAUGAAUGCUCUCUUGGCCAAUAUCAGUGUGGACGUUAUUCCCAGUGUUAUAAUACACUUGGGUCUUACAAAUGUAAAUGCAAAGAAGAGUACAGAGGUGAUGGAUUAAACUGCAUAAGGAUUCCUAAAGUUAUGAUUGAUCCAUCUAACCCAUAUAGUGUAUUUAAAAGCAACUCAACUUUUCUGAAAGGAAGCAGUGGCAUGACCAACAGAAUACCUGAGUCUGGUGGUACAAAAUAUCCUAUCAAAUUGCCAUAUAUACCAUAUGUAAUUACACCAAAGCCUUAUGUGAAGACAACAGCAAGACCAACUGUGAAACCAACAUACAAACCAUACACUAGAUUGGCAACAGAACCGGCCACAACAAGAACAACUUUCAGGCCAGUGACAAAAUCUCCACCAGUGACAAGUCCUCCCCAACCACCCACAGUUCCAUUUAAGCCUGUAACAACAACAGUGCCAAUAGUAGUAACUGAGGAGCCUCUGCCUUUUCCUAGUGAAACUACACCACAGCCGGAAAUUACAGUUGACAAUAGGAUCCCAUUUGAGCCACAGAAACCCCGAGGAGAUGUAUUUAUUCCCCGCCAGCCUGGAGUGAGCAAUAAUCUCUUAGAAACAUUUGAAAUUGAACAAGGGAUAAGUGCCAAUGAGGAUGAAGCAAACGAUGAUCCAGGUGUUCUGAUUCAUAGUUGCAACUUUGAUGGUGGUUUGUGUGGAUGGAUCAAAGAAAGAAAAGAUGAUUUACACUGGGAACCUGUUAAAGACUCCUCAGGUGGACAAUAUUUAUCUAUUUCUCAACCGAAAGGGAAGGCAGGUCGAUUUGCCCGCUUGGUUCUUCCACUUGGCCAUUUAGCUCGCUCCGAAGAUCUGUGCUUAUCCUUUAGGCAUAAAGUAUCUGGGUUACACUCCGGUUUGCUUCAAGUCUUUCUAAGAAAGACUGGUAUUCAUGGGCCAGCAAUUUGGGGAAGGAAUAGAGGUCAUGGUUGGAGUCAAACGCAUAUAACAUUGAAAGGACCUGGCAUCAAAAGUGUUAUUUUUAAAGGAGAAAAAGGAAAAGGAAGAACUGGGGAAAUUGGGCUGGAUGAUAUAAGUUUGAGAAAAGGCCGAUGUUCUCGGGUCCAUUAGUGGUACAGAUGGCCGAAGAGAACAGACUUUUGUUGUCCAUACCUAUUAUUUGAGACAUGUGGAUGAUUGAUAACUUCUCCUUUGUCUUUGUGAAAUCACAGUGGAUCUCCAGAUAAAUAAUUCAAAUUUUCUGUAAUAGUAAAGAAAGUUUAAACAGAUGUUGAAGAAGCCAUUAACAUUGUCUGUGCUUUAAGAGGUUCUGAAUGGAGGAUAAAUACAUGUCCUUUAUGAAAAAAAGACUGCCUAAACAUCAUCAAAAAGAGUCAACAAUUGAAUUCAUGUCUUCUUUGUGUUUUCUGUUGGAUGAGCAUGGCUCAUUUUGUGUCACAAGCUAAAGAUGCAGCUGUUAUUGUAGUGCAUCAGUUUUUAAAGAAGAGCGUUUUGUGUUUCUCUGUGUGUAUAAUAACAUUUAUCCCAUUAUUUUAUUACAAAAGACAGUUAAAGAGUAGCACUGCAACCUUUAAUAUGGAUAGUGCUGUGUUCUGUAUAAAUAUGUAUUAUGAUUAUUAAUGUAUUUAUGUAUGUUGUAUAUUUGCAAACUCUAGUUGUAAGAUGAAAUAGUAUUUGCGCAUGUUACAGUUAAACCAGCAAGACAGGCUGGUAGUCCAAUAUAUAACACCCAGCAAUUGUCCUGCCUUUCAAAACUAAAAUAGUAGAAUAUUUUGCAUAAUUGCAAAAAACUGUAUAAUAUAAGUAUUACCAGAUUCAGGAGAAUUAGACUCAGCAGUCGUUUUCUGAAAAGAAAAGCAUUCAUGACUGAUAUCAGUAGCACAACUUGGCCUUGAUGGAUUUUUUUUUUAAUAUAGUCAAGGAAAGUUUGGCAGAUAGAAAUUUUUCCUCUCUUAUUCAGUCACUAUUAAGAAAUAAAAUAGAUUUUGGGGUUCAUAAGCAAAGAAAUGCAGAAUGACUUUCCUGAACAUAGUAGGAGGGUUGCAAAACAGGUCAAUUUCAGAUUUAUCAAAUGUCCGUCUUGCACAGUAUAGCAUAGAGAAAAAAAAUCCAAGACAACAAAAAUGCAGUAGAAUGCAGUAGAGUGCAGUAGAAAAUCCAAAGAGAGUUUGGGAUGGCUUAGAAUUUUGACCUUUUAAUUCUUAUUUGCAAAAAAUGGAAAAUUUAAGAGGUUUCCCCUUGCAUCCAGAUGUUAAUCUCCCCAAAAAACUAUCCAGGUGGUGGGGACUGCCAUCGAAAAUCCUCUUUUUCAUUGCCUCAAAAUGAGUAGAUCUUCAACUGAUAGAAACAGAAGAGGUGGCCAAUAUAUCACAAAGUAAUUUAACUUAAUUUCAACUUACUCCACAUCUGAAAUUACUUCCUAUUAAUAUGUGAUUUCUUCUUGUAUUUUUCACUAUAUACCAAUAAUAAGGCACCCUAAAAGCUAUUCAUCCAUCCUCUCACCCAUUUAAUUACAUGUAUUUAUUUCUAAAAUUUAUUAAAGUCUCAUUAGUUCACAGGGGCAUUCUUGGAUAAGAUUGCAGGAUAUUUAAGAGUUAAAGUCAUUGAAAUUUUGCAAUUAUUAAAAAUUUGCAACAUUCAGACUAAAUCAGUUAUAGAUAUAUUUUUGACAGAAAUAAUGUUUAUUAAGGCAUAGUACUUUGUAAAGAAGCACUGUAAAAGUAAAUUGAUGGCUUUUAAUGCAUUCCAUUACAGCCAUUGAAACAAAAAUAUCUUAGACCAGAGUGUCAAACUUGCAACAUCACGUCAUGUGUUGCGACGUAUUGCAACUUUUUUUCCAUUGCCAGCAAUGGGGUGGGUGUGGUUUUGCUAUGAUGCAUCCAGCUCUGUCUUACACCUACUCCAGCUAUUGGCAAGAAUUUUUUUCUUCUAAUCAUAUAGCUUUCUAAAAUAUGGCAUGUAGAAUGUCAAUAUGGAAAUUACGUUUCUCUGAUCAAAAUGAUGGUAUUUUAAAUAAGAAAAACUAAUAUUCUCAAUGUAUUUUUUUCAGUUGGACAAAUAAUGAAUAUAUAUUUUAAGACUUUUAAAAAAGUAAAAGCUGUUAGUUUCAAUAUUAUCAUAUUACAAGAUUAUCAAACAUAAAGCUGUAAAAAUGAUAAAUGAACCCCUCUACAAAUACCACUAAUGAUUUCCUUUGGAGUUAGAGUUGUAAUAAUAAUAGUAAUAUACUACUUGUAAUCAACUUUAGUUUAUGAAGACGUGGUGUAGAGGUGGAGCUCUCGCCUCACAAUCAGGAGACUGUGAGUUCAAACUACGUAGUGGCAGAUAUUUCUCUCUCUGGGUGCAAUGAGUUAUUGUCUGCUGCGAACUCUGCAUAGGCAUCAGGAAGGGCAUCUGGUCAGUAAAUGCUCAAGCUCCAUUUAGUAGCCCCGACUCCACCCCGAUGCAAGGGAUUACAGGGUCAUUAAAAGAAAAAAAAAUCAUUUUAAAUUUAUAUAUCAAAUAAAACAAUAACAAAAGCUACAUGUUUAUAAACUGAAACAGAUUUUUAAAGUGUUUUCACAUGUACAGUUCUAUAGAAGCUCCAGAGAUCACAGAUUUAUCACUACACACUACAAUGCAGAAAAGAUGACAUGCAAAUCUGAAUUAAACUAGCGGUAGUCAAUGUCAGUGGAUUUGCAUAUCUGAUAAUCAACUAUCACGCUGCAAAAAUAAGUGUUUUGUCCUCUUUAACAGAGUUGAAAACUGAAGUCCACAAAAUUCAUUAUGGUGAAUUAAGAAUAUGUUACAAAAACUUAAUAUUUUCUUUCUCUUAGAAAUGCUUUUAUAGAUUCUGACCAAAUACUUCUAUGUUAUUCCUGAAUUAUGCUGACAGUAUUAAAUAACACAUUAUUUAAAUUACGCCUUGAUCAUGCUAUAUGAAAACUAUAUGCAUUUUUAUAUUUUCUAAAGCUAUGCAUACAAAUUAUUUAAUUAAAUAAGAAUGUAUACUUUUUUGAUUACUAUCUUCCCUAACUUUCCAAUGGAUCUAGUCAAUUCCACUUAAUGGGCUUCUAUUGGAGUGAAUAAGAUAUAGGCUCAGCUAGGAAUGUCAUGUUUGUGUUAUAAUAUGUAGGCAAUUCAAGACAAAGUGUUAUGAUUCAGUUCUGAUACACAUCAUCUACAUUAGACUCUUCUUUCAAUAGGCAGACUGUUAACUGUUUUCUAGAUGGAGCAAAUCCCCAAUAAAGAUAUGGGUUGCUACUUCUAAUAGCAAUGAACUGAAAGAGAUUUGAAUAAUGGCUUUUGAAAAAGUAAAAUGUAACUCACAGAGGCAUGAAUUGCUUCCAUAUUUGGUUGUCCUGCUUCUAGAAUAAUAGCAAAAAAAAAAAACCUCCUAAAUUUCUAGUGAGUCACAUGAGCGCCAUGUGCAAAGAUAACUCAUGGGCUUCAUAUUUGGACAAAUGCCUUCCCUUCGAAUGCAUAUAUUUGGUUCAGUGUCUGUUGAGUUGUCAAAAGAUUUUCUGUUGAAAAUUAUUUUUGGAAACUUCUUGCGACAAGUUAAUGCAUCAUAAAAUUAUUUGUCAUGCCUGGAUUUCAUAAAAGCAGCAAUCAUGAAUUUUCAUGUAAGCUAUUCUAAGUUGUAGGUAUAUUUCUGGAGGUAUACAAGUAGAAAAUAUCAUAUAUAUUUAAGGAACACAGUGUUGUGUCACACAAUAUUUAUGAUAAUUUAUACAGACCUACCUGACUCACCAUAUAUGUGGUCUAAGAAAGAGUAUGUUACUUGCAGCAGAUAGGUUUUCAAAUCAUCAUUAAUGAAGGUGAGAAAAUGCUGGAAACCAGCAAAUUGAUUCAGAUGCACAUCUGAAUCUUUCAUCUAUAUUUAAUUGGCAUACAUUCUUUUCUGAGAAAUGUUAGUAUUUUAAACAUGCCUAAAGUCCAUUAUUAAUGGCACCUAGGUGCAUCUGUAUAAUAUCUAUCUUUUCUUCUUUUGAUUACUGUCUUCAUAAUUGUAAAAACACUUUUCUGAUACAACCUAUUAAAAUGAUAUGGUAUCCUUGUUUAGUCUAAUUAUGUUUUAAUCAGUUUUAGAUCCAGUUGUUCAGAUAUGCAUGACACGUUCAUAAACCAUGAAACACAGAAACUUUAUACAAAACAAUAUACUAAGAAUUUCUCACUAUAUGCAAACAUAAUCUAUAAGCAUGGAUAGGUAUUAAGUACAUCUGUUAAAUCUGGAUUAUAUAUGAGUAUUAAAAAUGGAUUCAGUUCAAAGAAUAUAUACACCCAUGUGCAUAACCACACACCUAUUUUGCCUUUAGGUUAUCCAAUACAUUGAAAUCAAUAUCCUGAUGUUCUUAUUUUUUUCAUUGAUGGGAAUAAGGCUUUAACAGAACAUAAUUUCACUUGUUUUAUACAUUGGGGUUUUCUUUGGAUGCAGGUUACAACCAAAAGAUACCAUAAAAUCAACAGCAUUUCUUAAAUUGUACUUGAUUAAGCUUUGUCUUGAAGUAAUGGGAUGUUAGUUCUUCAACUGCUCAACCAGUUUUUAAACCUUUUGAAUUAAAAUCCAUAUGUUUCUA